AUGACUGCUCCAGCACAGAGCUACUUUGCUUCUGUCAACGCUCAAAACACUGCCGCAUGUAAGGCUGUCAGCACGCCUGUAUCGAGUGGCUUAUCAGACGGCGCGAAGGCUGGUAUUGGUGUUGGUAUACCCGUGGCUCUCGCUGUGAUUGGCGGGAUUGUAUACCUUCUGAUCAAGGCGGGCAUAAUCGGGGGCGCAACUGCAGCAUCUACCUCUGCCCCAGCAUGGUCAGGUGUCGUUGGAGCUGGUGCAGCAGGGGGUGCUUCCGCCGCGGGCAACACUGCUCCAGCAUGGUCAGGCGUCACUGGAACAGGCGGUGGAGGAAGUUCAGCGCCAGCAUGGUCGGGCGUCACUGGCGGAGAGAGUUCAUGGAAUGGUGUAGCAGGAUCCGCUCACGCUCCCCCACCAGCGCAUCCUAUGAGCAACAUUCCCCCCGUCUUAAUUGCAGGAGCCUUAAGGCGGAGCAGCAGCAGUGAGAGGGUGAACACCACUUACCAUCAAUCUUCACCCGUUCACUUGCCCACACCCGGCUAUCAGUGCCAGCCACCACUUAGAAGUGUAUCACCGCCCGAGUCUUACCAAAACCGCCAGCAACCGGUUAGACACGCGAGCGAGCUGUCAGCAGAUGGGGCGAGCAGUCCCCGAACCGAGCUUUCUGCUAUCAGUGCCUAUUAUGGACAUGAAAUGUAUAGCGCACAGAGGCAUGAGGCACCGACUAGAGAUGAGGAGCAUCCGCGGGAGCUUCCAGCUUACAGGCAUUAUUAA